CAACCAUAUAUUAUCCUCAACAAAACUGCAAGCUUGCCAUCACCAUCCAAUGAUAUUCGCAUGUUCAAAACCAUUCUUCUCUUUUUCUAUGUGGCGCCCUGCUAGUGAAAAGCCACGAACCAAGUAACUCUCAACAGCAAGAUGGGAAGCACCUCCUUCUGCUUGCUCCACUCAUCCCUUUGCAAAUUCCCAUCUUCAUCUUCAUCUUUUUCAUCUUCAUCUGGAUACAGACCAAAGACCAAGUUGCGAGCUCCUACGUCCUCCUGCUUGGGCCAGCAAGACCCAGUCUGCAGCAAAAGAACCAUUCUUUUAACCAGCAUAGCCCUUCUUCCAUUUCGCCGUUUGAAGAGGGCCCCAGCUCUAGAACCACCGGCCGUAACUCCAACUGAAGAAAAUGAGGUGAAGACACAAGAGGAUAACCAGGAAGCUGAGACAGCACCUGAAGUGGAAACACCAUCAAAUUCCUUUCUGUCUCUCCUGAAUGGAAUUGGAAUAUUUUCUUCUGGUGUGCUGGGUGCUCUCUAUACACUUUCUCAGAAAGAAAAGGCUGCUGCUGAUGCAACAAUAGAAACAAUGAGCUGGAAACUGAAGAAAAAGGAAGAACUGAUUGUUUCCUUAAAGAAGGACUAUGAGCUGAAGUUACUGAAUAAGCAGGAGGAACAAGCCAACCUACUUGAAAAGGCAAAGGAAGAGAAGCAAGCAUUGAUGGAACAACUAAAUUCUGCGAUCAGUACAAUCAACCACUUGGGGAAGGAGCUUAAAAAUGAGAGAAUUUUGGUUGAGGACCUGAAACUUCAAAUUGACAGACUUGAGACUGAGCUUUCAAAGAUUGAUACAGAUAAGAAAGAUCUUGAAACCAAUUUGAAAGAAAAGAUAGAUUUCAUUGGAGUUUUACAGGAAAGAAUCAAUCUUCUCAGUGAGGACCUCAAAGACAAAGAAGAUGUUGUUAAGAAUCUCAAUUCAUCUCUAGCAGUAAAGGAGUUGGAAUUGAAGAGAUUGAAUUCUACCUAUGAGAAAACCAAGGAUGACUUAUCCAGUGUACAAUUGCAGAUUCAAGGGUUGAAAGAUGAACUACUUAAAAGCCAACAGGAACUAGAAGCUAAAGAUUCCUUGGUGAUGGAACUAAAUUCAAGAUUGAGUUCCUUAACUCAUGAGAAUGAUGAUUUUAGGAGUAAAUAUGAUGUCAUGGAGAAGGAAUACAAUGACCUAAAACUCACUACUGAAAGAAAGGCUGCUUUGGACUCUAGGGUUUUAAGUGAAAAAGAAGAGGAGCUUCUUCAGCUAAAGCAUCAAUUUGAACUUGCCCUGCGUGAAUCAAGCCAAAACCUGCUCAUCAAUGCUGAUUUAUCCCGGGAAAGAGAUUUGUUGAAGGAGGCUCUUGAGAAUAAAUCUGGUAAAGUGAAUCAUUUGAAGCAUGAACUUCAAGACACCCAGGGAAAUCUUGAAAAAUCAAGAAAUGAGUCUGCUGAAUUGGAAAACCUUUUAAGUGAGUCAAACAAACUGCGCAAUGACCUUGUGGUUGAGGUGUCUAAGCUUUCAUCUGAGCUCACUGAAGUUAAAGGAUCACUACAGAGAAGUCUUGAUAAUGCAAAACAUGAGGCAGAGAUGCUAGCAAGUGAGGUUACAACUGCAAAGGAACAUUUGAAGAAAACCGAAGCAGAGCUACAAGGUAAGUCCCAUGAUUUAACAAUUGCUCUUGAAAAGUGUGAUAGCCUACAAAAAGAAUUAAUUGAGAUAUACAAAAAGGCUGAGACCACAGCAGAGAAUUUAAAGGAAGAAAAACAGUUAGUUGAUUCUUUGAAAAAAGAUAUACAAACUUUAGAGAAGCAAAUCUCAGAAGACAAGGAGUCCCGAAAAUCUCUUGAGACGAACUUGAAGGAGGCUGUCAAAUCACUUGAUGAAAUGAACCGAAAUGCAACGAUCCUUUCUAGUGAACUACAGAGAACCAACUCUCUUAUUUCUAGCCUUGAAAAAGAGAAAGAGGUGCUUAUGAAUUCCCUAGCAGACCAAAGAAAUGCAAGCAAAGAGGCCAAGGAAAACAUUGAAGAUGCUCAUAACCUCAUCAUGAAACUCGGCAAUGAAAGAGAGAAUUUAGAGAGAAAAGGGAAGAAAUUGGAGGAGGAUUUGGCUUCUGCCAAGGGUGAGAUAUUGCGCUUAAAGAGCCGAAUCAGCUCUUCUAAAGUUGCUGUUAACAAUGAGAAAGUGCGGAAAGAUGAAAGUGAAGGCAAGGUCAAUUCUUCAAAAGUUACUGUUAACAAUGAGCAAGUGCAGAAAAAUGAAGGGGUCAAUUCUUCAAAAGUUGCUGUUGACAACGAGCAAGUGCAGAAAAAUGGAGGUGAAAGCAAGGUUACUGUAACUGCGAGGAAGACUGUGAGAAGAAGAAAAGCUAAUCCACAAUAACAUAGGAAAAUUUUAGUGAGUUUUCAAUAAAAAAUUGCUGUUAGAAUAUUCUGUAAUAAACUAUUUCGAAGCCAAUUGAUCUUGAACUCUAUUCACUUUGGCAUGCAAGAAAUUCCAUUUUGUAGUUGUAUUGUACAAA